GGACAGCUGGGGUGGGGUUUGGGCGGGGUUUUGGAGUCUGCAGCGGGAAACCAGCCCCGGUGGCUGUUGGAGGAGCUGCAUCAGGAGCCGCAGCAGCAGGGUGCAGCGGCGGAGGCGUUUGGUGCCGCUGCUGAUGAGGCGUCUGAAGGAAACGGAGGAGGGGCGCGUGUGGCGGCGUGCUCGAGCCGGCAUGGAGUGGUGGCUGGUGGGGAUGGCUCGUGCGCUGGAACCGAUAGCAGUAGCGGGAGCUGUAGCGGGAGCAGUAGCAGCAAGGACGGUUGCAGCAGCAGCAAUAGCAGUAGCUUGGUUGGGGCAGCAGCAGGGACCUUGGGUUCAAUCAUAGGGCCAUGUCAGACAGUGUCAGAGCGGACUGGGGUGGAGCUGGAGCGGCUGGAGACAUGCCAGGAGCAGCAGCAGCAGCAGCAGCAGGAGCAGCCUGCGGGGUUACUCAAACCCUGGCACGGUCUGGCUGCUGGGGGCGUGGCGGGCUUUGCGCAGGUGUUCCUGUGGUCCCCGGUGGAGCUGCUGAAGCUGAGGUCGCAGCUGCAGACAGCGACCCGCGGGUCACCCGGCUACCGCAACCCCGCCGCACUAGCUGCCCAGGUGGUCAGGACGGAGGGGGUCGUAGGCCUGUACCGCGGCUUCACGCUUACUCUGGUCCGCGACGUGCCCUCCUUCGCCAUGUACUUUUGGUUGUACCAUGACAUCGCAACCGCCCUCUCGCCCGGCAUGCACCCGGAGGAGGCGCCGCCGGCAACACAGGUUAUUGCGGGCGGUAUGGCGGGAGUUCUAGCUUGGAUGCCCAUCUACCCGCUGGAUGUGUUGAAAACGAGGGUGCAAGCGGUGCCCGGAAGCAGUGCGGGCGGCGGCGGCGGGGGCAAGACGAUGCUGCAGUAUGCGCGGGAGAUGUACUCGGAGGCCGGUGUGCGCUCCUUCUACCGCGGAGUGAGUCCCACCCUGGUGCGCGCAUUCCUGAUGGACGCCGCCGCAUUCCUCGGCUACUCCACCACCCUCAAGCUUCUGGGCGGG